GAGAAAAGAGUAUGAGAGUACGCUGAGUGACUCACAUGCAGUGGUAUGAUUGAUGCCUUGAUGCCUGGUCCUCUUUGCUAGCGAUGGCUCGAAGCCCCACUCUCUCUCUACUGGCCCUCUCUCUACUGGCCCUCUUCUUCUCAUCGCGCAACUCUCCUUUCUGUUAUGAACUUUGCGAAGUCGUUUCAUCAUGGGCUCCAACCGGAGCUACCUUUCUACCUGCCUGCUCCGAGUUCUUACUUGUAAUAUCCGCUUUCCGAAUCAUGCCCCAAACAUAUCUUCGCACAAGUCCUUAGAUAAACCUCCUCACGAGCCCUCAAAUGAGCCUUCCAACACACCGUCGAACGAAACCAGACUUUCCAAGGAACCCAUAAAUGAGCCCUCGCCUUUCGAGGAAAUUUCAAACGAACCCGGUGUUGACUCGAUACCCCCAGGCGCGUUACAUUUUAUAGCCGGCGGGAAGGCCGGUAUCAUCUUUACCAUCGAUGAAAAGAGAGUAUUGAAAGAGUUCCACUCACCUGAGGACGGGAAUGGGGAAGUUGAGCGUGAGGCUUAUCAGCGUCUUGGCUCACAUCCUAAUAUCACGAAGCUCCUAUGCAUUCGAGCAGAUGGCUCUAUUGUGCUUGAACGUGGGACAGCCCUCAGGACUCUAUGCCAAUCUGCUACUGAGAUAGCGCUGGUCACGAAAAUUGACUGGCUAAUUGAUGCCGCAAAAGGCUAUCAAUAUCUACACGAAUGCGGCAUCAUCCACUGUGAUGUAGGGUGUAAUAACUUGAUCUCAACAAUGGAAGGGGUCAAGCUUAUUGAUUUUGAAGGCUGUAGUAUUGACGGCAGACCAGGCGAUUCCUGUUACGAGUGGUUCAGCUACCGACCAGCUACACCCUAUACCAGCCGAGCUACAGACAUCUUUGCGUUUGGCUGUACAAUCUAUGAGAUUGUGACAGGUAGACCACCUUACCAUGAGCAUCAAUCGCGAAUAGAUGCCGGUCCUUACGUCGAGAAGCUCUAUACAGCCUGCGAAUUCCCUGAUACUACAGGCCUGCCUUUAAACCAUGUGAUGCAAAGUUGCUGGCGUGGCAGAUUCGGUUGUAUGAGUCAGAUUGUCCGAGAUCUAGAGCAUUCAAAGAGUCUUAUAGAGAGAAGUGCUUAACUAAGCUACCAUACAAGGUCUAGGCAGUUCGCAUCUACUAACUACAGUACGGGGUAUAGGCAGUUCACAUCUACUAACCAAUCUCCAAAACCACCGGAUGGAACUCCAUAGUCAUUAUAUAUUGAUGGACCCAUUCCCGAAAAUGUUGCUCGUCCAUAGUUAUCGGGAUACCGUAGGUACACAUAGCUGCUUGAUAGACUCUUUAAGUUAGAGUAUUAUU